AUGGAGAACGCUUGCAUAUCUUGUUUGUCCGCCAUCGACCGCUGGUGCCAUAUAUCUGCCUGUUUGGGGAUAGGAGGUCGGUCCAGGGAUGGGAUCUACGAGCCGAUUCUACAGGACAGUGAGCGGGAGGCUGUCGCUGACCUGUUACAGUACCUAGAAAACCGUGCCGAGACCGACUUCUUUUCUGGCGAACCACUUCGCGCCCUCACUACCUUGGUGGAAUCGACUAAUGUUGAUUUGCAACGGAGUGCCAGCUUAACGUUUGCCGAGAUUACGGAACGAGAUGUCCGAGAAGUCGACCGUGACACCCUUGAUCCUAUUCUCUCACUGCUCCAGAGUCCCGAUAUCGAAGUUCAACGAGCCGCAAGCGCAGCGCUGGGGAAUCUUGCUGUGAAUACGGAAAACAAAGUGCUCAUCGUGACGCUCGGCGGUCUCACCCCAUUGAUACGACAAAUGAUGUCUACGAAUGUUGAAGUACAAUGCAAUGCAGUGGGCUGCAUUACGAAUCUAGCGACCCACGAAGAUAACAAAUCCAAAAUAGCUAGAUCUGGUGCUCUGGGCCCAUUGACAAGACUCGCGAAAUCUAAGGAUAUGCGAGUUCAACGAAAUGCCACCGGAGCUCUGUUGAACAUGACACAUUCUGACGACAACCGCCAGCAGCUAGUCAACGCCGGUGCCAUCCCCGUACUAGUGCAGCUACUUUCAUCUCAGGAUGUCGACGUGCAAUAUUACUGCACAACAGCUCUUAGCAACAUUGCCGUCGAUGCCACCAACAGAAAACGGCUUGCACAAACCGAAUCCCGCCUGGUGCAAUCUCUGGUUCAACUGAUGGACUCUUCAACACCCAAAGUACAAUGUCAAGCCGCUCUUGCUCUCCGAAAUCUAGCUUCCGAUGAGAAGUAUCAGUUGGAAAUCGUCCGCGCAAAAGGCCUGCCUCCUCUUUUACGUCUCCUUCAAUCGUCAUACCUUCCGCUCAUUCUUUCCGCCGUUGCUUGUAUCCGAAAUAUAUCCAUCCACCCCCUUAACGAAUCACCUAUCAUAGAUGCGGGCUUUCUAAAGCCGCUAGUUGAUCUUCUUGGCUCUAAAGACAGCGAAGAGAUUCAAUGUCAUGCUAUAUCGACUCUGCGCAACCUGGCAGCUAGUUCAGAUCGCAACAAAGAGCUUGUCCUUCAAGCCGGUGCGGUUCAGAAAUGCAAGGAUCUUGUCUUGUCCGUGCCCGUCAUUGUCCAGUCCGAAAUGACCGCUGCCAUUGCCGUACUCGCACUCAGCGACGAAUUGAAGCCUGAGCUACUAAACCUCGGGGUCUUUGAUGUUUUAAUCCCUCUUACUGCAUGUGACAGUAUUGAAGUCCAAGGAAACAGCGCUGCAGCGUUGGGAAAUUUAUCCUCCAAAGUCGGAAACUACUCCAUUUUUAUUCGCGACUGGACUGAGCCUGAAGGAGGCUUUCACGGGUACCUGACUCGAUUCCUUGACAGUGGAGAUCCUACAUUUCAGCAUAUUGCUAUCUGGACCUUGCUACAGCUGCUCGAGUCAGAGGACUCGAAACUCAUUGAACUCAUCUCAAAUUCAGAAGAUGUUAUGCAGCUAGUCAAACGCAUCUCCGAACGGAAUAUUGACUCCGACGACGAGGACGUCGACGAAGGAGAAAGCGAGGUCGUUGCGCUGGCACGCCGAUGUCUCGAAGUUCUCGGCAAGGGACCAAAGCAAACGCUGGUCGAAGGCUGA